CCCAUGCUUACCUUUGCUUCGCACUUUCUAGGUAUAGGUCUGGGCAUUCCAGGUCUGUGCCUGAGCGCUUUUUGUUCGUUUCUCCAGGAAAACCCACAUUUUGCAGCUGAAUCGGAGCAGAUGGGCUUUAUAUACGGAUAGUAACCCCUUGAAAUUGGCCCGGGGUCUUCCCCAGGAGAGGCAAGAGUCUAAUUCUUAGGAAUGAGAGGUUCCUCCCCAGCUGCGGACCAUUCAUUCCAGAACCUGCUGACAUCACGGGCGAUGCAUGAGGCCAGUUCACAAAGAGGGAUUCCGGCCAGCCAGAGCCACCGGGCUGUUAAACUGCCGAGGCCGAGGCGGGUUUGCCAUGCAGAGGGAAUGGAGCGGAGGCAGAAGGACACUGACAUGGACGAAGGGAGCUCAGGUGAGGCUAUCACUCGCAACCCAGAGAUGCCCCACAUCACCAUCAAGGCAUCUUGCCCUUUAUUAUUUCUUUACAUAUUCCAGACAUACAGCUUGAGGCUGAUCCCUUAUAUCUUAUUCUCCUUGCUCAAUGGGCAUGCGCAGCUUGGUACUACUGAGUCCCAGAACCUCUGAUCAGGGACCCAGAUAGCCCAGGGCCUAUCCUUCCCAGGGCACCCCAAAGUCCUGAUUUAAGUCAGUGAUUUAUUUUUAUUUUUUGCCUGCUCUAUGGUUUUAGCUGCCUCUGCUUAUCAGCUGCUGCAUUUGACUGUUUUAUAGCUGCUUAUGGUGCAAUUUGUUUAUUUUAUGCUUUGUUAUCUGCCCUGGCACCUGUAUAGUCAGGCAUAGGCAACCUCGGCCCUCCAGAUGUUUUGGGACUACAACUCCCAUCAUCCCUAGCUAACAGGACCAGUGGUCAGGGAUGAUAGGAGUUGUAGUCGCAAAACAUCUGGAGGGCCGAGGUUGCCUAUGCCUGGUAUAGAUGGAGGACAGGCUACAAAUAUCCCUAACAAAUGAAGAAAUGAAUGCUCUCCAUCUGUUCUAAGUGGGCCUUCCCCAACCUGGUGCCCUCCAGGAGUUUUGCUGAACUACAACUCCCCAGCCAGCCUCACCCUGACCCACCCAUCCCAUGUAAUUUUCUCCAAGGUCAAGGAGGCGUACAUGAUUCUCCCUCUCCUAAUUUAACCCUCACAACAACCCUGCGAGGUAGGUCAGGCUGAGAGGCAGUUACUAGUCCCCAAGAUCAUCCAGUGAGCUCCAUGGCCAAUGGAAUUCGAACCCUGGUCUCUCCCAGGUCCUAGGCCAUAUUGAAUUCCCACAACAACCCUGUGAGGUGGGCUAGGGUUGAGAGGCAGGCAGUGACUGGCCCAAAGUCACCCACUAACCUUGGUCUCCCAGGUCCUAACCUGAGACUCUAACCACUACACCACACUGGAGACAACCAUAUAUAAAUAUUAUAUGUACAGUAUAUCCAACCUUUCCUCCCAGGAGCUCAAUGUGGCAGACAUGAUUCUCCCGCUCUUCAUUUAACCCUCACAACAACCCUGUGAGGUAGGUCAGGCUGAGGCCACCUAGUGAGUUUUGUGGCCAAGUGGGGUGCUGGGUCGCAGUCUGACACUCUAACCACUACAGCUCACUGUCUCCCAGUGACUCUCAAGGGUCUCGAGCACAGGCAUGCAUUGCCAGCACUAGCUACAUGAGCCUUUUGUUAUCUGGAGAUGCCCGCAGGGUUUGAACCCGGGACCUUUUGCAUGCAAAGCAGAUGCUACAGUGGUCUUUCCCUGCAUGUUAAAACUUGUUACAGCACAGCAAUGCUUUGGUCCUAUGAGAACAACUGGGAGGGACAAUUUCUUGCUCAGGGAAGCAUAUGAUACAGGAAAGCAGAAAAGGAGCUGGAGUUUAUCAGAUCUGUAGGCUGGGGCAUGUAAGUUUCAGUUUGCUAUUAUUUACGGCAGGUAAACCACGCACUGACACCCACUCCCCCGUUUCAUACAGACCCAAAAUAUAAUACUAUUCACCCGAUGGCAAAACACAGAAACAAAGCAAUAUUAAAAUAGUAAGCAUCCAUUCCUUAUUCAGGCUGCCAAUGACGCUCUAAGAACUGGAAAGUAGGAUUUAAUUAGGCAAUUUAAUCUGGGUUUGGGUUUGCACUUUGGCUCACAAAGCAGAAGAACCAGUGAUAAAAGCCACAGCUUUAUGGCCGACUGGAACAAGCCAUUCAGUUUAUUGAUGCACAGUGCUUGGUUCAGAAAACAACACUGGCCACUUGUUAUGAAAAUUACUAAUUAAGCUUAUCUACUGGGUGGCUAAAGUGCAGUUUCAAAUCUGGGUUUAGAUAACCAAGCUAAGAGUUGAAACAAGGGAACUAGGAAUCAACUUCGGCCUUCUGCUUUGGCAGAUAGGGGACCUCGUUUCCCACAUCCCUACAUAAUAUAGGUAAAAGGCCUUUUCAGUGUUGGCUCCCUCUGAGGAAUACUCCCCCCCAGUGAGGCUUGCUGACAUCUUUUCAGAGGCAGGUAAAGACUUGCCUUCCCCCCUGGGCCUUUGAUGGACUGAGCUGAUUCUGCUUGAUUUAUCCUAUGGAUGCUAUAAUGGGGUACUGUAUGAAAAAGUGUUACUUUUAUAUGAUUUUUUUUCUUCUCCCCCCUCCCUAUGGUAUAAUGUAUUAAUGUGUAUGGUGGUUUUUUUAAUACAAGUCGCUGUUAGAGAACAGAUGGCUUAAUAAGUUUAGUUAAUUAAUCAAUAUGUGUGUAAAAAGAGGUGGAAACAAUGGAGCUAUUGAGUAGCCUACAAAAAUGAAGUACACUCUGCACAUGCUCAUGAGCACUCGUUUUAUUUUUGAGGAGGACCCCGCCUCAUUUCUUAAUUGCUAAGGCUGAAUCAGAGGUGCCCGAGUGCUUCUGAGCAUGUGCAGAGCUCCUCCCUCCCCCCCUCGUUCCCUUGCUUUGGUGGUGGCAAGGGUCUUACAAUGGCGGAGCAAAAAUUACUGUUUCCGUUGAGUUAAUUUGCGACCCCUGGACGAAGGUCCCAAGGUGGGCGUUGUCGGUUCCGACGGAGAUGGUCCCAUCUCUCCCUUUCGUACCUCUACGCUCAAAAGUUAAAGAGGCGCGCCGCAACUUUUGCCUUCUGCGGCUCUCAGGGCUGCCGGGAAAGGAAAGAGGGCGGAACAAGCACGUCAGCGAGCGGCCAAUCAGGGGCGAGGAGGGGCGUGGCGCCGCCGCCGCCGCGGCUUGAUAAGGAGAGCCGCCGAGCGGCGCGUGGCGUCUGCGGUGCGUUGCGCUGCCGUCGGCUACUUUGCCUGCCGUAUAAGGCGCUCUUGAACCCGGAGUCGGCCCCGCAUAUAACGCUCCCUCUUCUUUUUUUUUUAAAUCUUAUUUUUCUCUUCCUUUCCCCCACCCUUCGCCCGCAGUAGGGUUGGGCUCAGCCAUGUUCAGCUGGGUGAGCCGCGACGCGCGGCGGCGCAAGGAACCCGAGCUGUUCCGCACCGUCUCGGAGGGUCUGAAGCAACUGUACGCCGGCAAGCUGCUGCCGCUGGAGGAGCACUACCGCUUCCACGACUUCCACUCGCCGGCGCUGGAGCCCGCCGACUGGGAGAGCAAGCCCAUGGUGCUGCUGGUGGGCCAGUACAGCACGGGCAAGACCACCUUCAUCCGCCACCUGCUGGAGCAGGACUUCCCCGGCAUGCGCAUCGGGCCCGAGCCCACCACGGACUCCUUCAUCGCCGUCAUGGGCGGCGAGAGCGAGGGCGUCAUCCCGGGCAACGCGCUGGUCGUCGACCCCCGGCGCCCCUUCCGCAAGCUCAACGCCUUCGGCAACGCCUUUCUCAACAGGUACGGGGAUGCACCAGGGGGGCGGGUCCUGGGCUCCCUCCAAGGGCAAGGGGCUUGAAUCCCCAGUAACAUCGCCAGGUACGGCUGAAGAAAGACCCGUUAUCUUGAAACCUUGCAGAGCCGCCACGACGGUGAUCCAAACGAGACAAUAAGGCAGCUUCCUUUGUUUUAAAACGGCUCUUUAUUCCGACCCAUGAGGACUAGAAUCUUUGUUUUUAGGAGCUCAGUACUAGAAUGCACCCUUUGAAAGUAGAAGGUCCACUGUCUAAUCCUUGGCAUCUCUAGUGUCAGCCUUUCAGACACGGGAGAGCCACCGCUGGUCAGUGUAGCCAAGGGUGGGCUAGGUGGCAGCUGCUUCCGCUUUCCAGGAAACUCAAGGUGGACUCACUUGGUGUUUUUGCUAGGCUCGAAAGAGAGUGACUUCCCCUCUUGAAGUUGCCCUGUAACUUAGCUGGCAUAUGAACCUGAGUCUUUGCCAGUCAUAUGAAUGCUGCUGAUUAUGGAGGAGUCUGCUAUCUUGCACACGCCCCCCCCCCAAAAAAAACGUGGACCGCCUAGAUGAGAGCAAGAUCCAAGAAGCAAGUUCAAAUCUCCACUCAGACAUGAUACAACGCUCACUAGGAGCAGCGCCAGGGAUGCUGGUGGCACUGUGGGUUAAGCCACAGAGCAUAGGACUUGCCGAUCAGAAGGUCUGCGGUUCGAAUCCCCGCAACUGCCAACCUAGCAGUUCGAAAGCACAUCAAAGUGUAAGUAGAUAAAUAGGUACCACUCUGGCGGGAAGGUAAACGGCCUUUCCGUAUGCUGCUCUGGUUCGCCAGAAGCGGCUUAGUCAUGCUGGCCACAUGACCCAGAAGCUGUACGCCGGCUCCCUCGGCCAAUAAAGCGAGAUGAGCGCCGCAACCCCAGAGUCUGUCACGACUGGACCUAAUGGUCAGGGGUCCCUUUACCUUUACCUAGGGGCAGGGCCAGCCCUGAGGUUGGGCGGAGUGGAGUGACUGGCUCAGGUGGCUGAUGUACCUCUUUUGGAGGACAGAGCUGUCUGGGUACGUCUCAUUAACCUUCUGUCGCCUGGUGACAUGGUGGCAUUACCCCAUUGCCGCCACUGGAAUCCAGUUGAUCCCUGGAGAUUGGGCUGGGAAACCUUGGGCAAGUCACCUAUUUUUCAUCCUAAACAGCCCUGCGGGGUGGUAAUGUUUUACCUUGAACAAGUUUGGGAAGAGGUGGGGUUCUGUACCAUAUCAAAUGCAAAUGGGAAAUUAAAAUUUCCCUAAAGGAAGAUGAGCAAGGAAACUUUUUUUGUGGUGGGGGGAGUGUUGCAGUGCAGCCUCCUGUAAAUAGGUCCACACCAUAUGUUUAGAGCACACCACUCCCCCCAGGGAAUCUUGGGAGCUGUAGUUUCCUCCUCACAGAGAUAAAGUUCACAAACACACUUAUAACAAACUACAGUUUCCAGGAUUCUUUGGGGGGAGAGUCACUUGUGUUAAAUAUGUCCUCUGGCUGUGCUUUCAAUACAUGGUGUGGAUCUACUGUCAAUAAUCUUGCUCUGCCUUCUUUUCUCUCCCUGGCUUAUGCCCAAGUAGUGGAUGUGGAUCCUGCUGCUCACUUUUUGCAGCUCUGCAUCCUGCAGCUGAUAAGAUCCAAAAGUGCAACCCGCCCAAUUCCACUUUCUUUUCCAGCCUGACUUGGUGCCCUGGCUGUGCCCAGUCAGCCAGCCCUGCUGCCAGCCUGGGCUUUUAGGGCGCUGUCCCUUCCUUCCGCCCUCUCCCAUCUGUCUUUGGCAGGCAGAUUUAAAGAGCAGCAGAAAUCCCCUCUUUGGCUCACACGCCCAGCCAGUUCCCAGACUGGAGGGGGAAGAGUUAUUGAGGCCUAGCAGUGUAGCUCAGGCCCCACCCCCCUCCCAGAGCAGAGGGGCUUUUCAAGCCUUUUCCAAAGGAACAAAACUACAAAAAUGGCCAAGUAAAAGCCUUUCAUUUGAUAGUUGUGUGUGCAUUCAGUCAGUGGCAAAAUGCAGGCACCCCAGGAUCUGUUUUGUCAGGUGGGGGUUUAGGCCAGUACUUUUCCUCUCCCCCCACCACCCCGCCCCCAGGCUCCUGUCCUGCUGAGGCAUCACAGAGCAUCACAAGUGGGGCUGGCAAAGUUAAAGUUGUGGGCUGGCAUUCUGGAGCAUCUUUUAUUUAUAGCAUCUGUUGUUCUUGCUCUUAAGUGAUGUUCAGAAGUGAGGGCUGGUCCUUGCCAUGGAAUCCUGAUUUGGGGGAGAAAACAAAGGAGGAAGAAGUGAAGCAUGUGGCUGGCUGCAGCCCUGAAGAAGAGGACCCCCUGUCCACGCUGCAAAACUUUGUUGCAGAUCCCACUAGUUUGGUUUUUAUUUUUAUUAAUUUAACUGGAUUUGUAUACUGCUUAAUCAUCAAAACCUCCAAUCAAUUUACAUAAAGUCUAAAAUCUGUUAACAAAUACCGGUUAAGCCAGAAGUUAAAAACAAGCUGACCUAAACAUUUUCAAAAUAUGCAUAUACAUAAUUGGAUGCAGUUACAUACAGUGGACCCUCGAGUUACGUACCGCUCUGGAAACGUAACUUUCAGGUUGCGAAUGUGGCAAACCCGGAAGUGUAUACUGCUGGGUUUCACCGCAUGCGCAGAAGUGCUCUGUACACUGUGCGCAGAAGCAGCGCCUCCAGUUACGGACUUUUCAGGUUAAGUACAGACCCCCGGAACCAAUUUAAUUAGUAUCCGGAGGGUCCACUGUAUUAAAAUGUGUGUCAAAUGUACAUGUCUGGAUAGGUCUGCCUAUGCCAGGUUCUUAGCAGGCACCAAAAAUACAGCAAAGAUGCCUGUCUAAUGUCAAUGGAAGGGGAGUUCUAAAAUUUAGAUGCAGUCACCCUGAAGGAUCAAAUUCCUUGCAUCCAUGGAACAAACAUGUGCAUUUGUAAAAGUCCCUAGUUCUGCAGUCGAGGGGGUGCAUGUGUGGGGCAAGGUGAUCUUUUAGGUAAGCUGGUCCCACGCUGUUGAGAGAGCCUUGUAUACAAAGAAUAACCCUUUGAGUUUAGCCCACUAAGAAACCAGCAGCCAGUGCACAUUUCUGAGCAGGUAUGUCGACAAGGUCUGCUCCACUCAUCAACCACGCUGCAGCAUUCUGCACUAACUGAUCCAGGAAUUACCUCCUGUGUUGCUGAUAAAUUUGUUUCGUUCUAAAUUCUUUCCGCCAUACAGCAGGGGUGGUGUUAACUUCUGGGGUUUUUUGCCUCUGGUACAACGCUCUUGUGGUGAUGGACCUUUCAUUCCCCGGAUCUUGUCGUCAAUCAGGAAUUGCCCUGAUUUCCAAGGGGAGUGGUCCUCCUGCAGCCCCGAUCCCUCUAGUGUGCCCUGGAAUUUUGCUCAGGAAGGGUGGUCUGGGAAGAUCAGAGCACGUGUUUGCAAAGUCUGACACUGCCCGUAACAAGAGUUUUUUCAAGCGGUCUCUUUAAGGGCCCUUUUGAGCCCCGAAGCAUCUGAGAUCGAAUUCCUCACCAGUCACGAGUUAAUGCUGCCGAAAGUCUGUUUCAGGAGAGCAGGGUCAACACAAAGAGGGAUUGUUAGUUCCUGCUGGGUCUCCUUGCGACCUCCGGCAGACUUAGGGGCGGCUUGUAACUCCGGCAGAUUCCCUCGCUAGCAAAACAGUCUGGGAGUUCAGAGGGCCUCCUAGUUAAUUUUACACCCUGACAGUGUUUACACUUUUGUUCCACUCCCGCCUGACCUCUGUAGUGUUUAGAUUGGUAAGCCAGAAAUCUCCCUGCACAAGGUUGGUGCGCUUUGCAGACUUCGCGCGUGGCUUUCAAGCGGAUUCAAACUAGCUCUGAGCAUAAGAUGCUUUCUUGCCACAAGCCAAGAUAGCUGGUCCAUCGGACUUGCUAGUGGCUGUGCGGCCUGGCGGUGGCAGGUUUGCCAGACAGGUGUCUCAAUCAGCACCGUCCGGAAAUGUGGGGAUUGAACCUUGGACCUGAUCAAAGCUUGUGCUCUUCUGCUGGGGGCAUGGCCCUUCCAAAAACAGUUUGUCCCUAAUCUUCAUGUGGGGCCAGCUCAGCAUUUUGUAUCCAGUCCUCCUUGUACCCUGAGAGGUUUGGUCAUGCUGUUGGGGUGGCUGGCUGCCAACUGGAUGCUUUUGGGGAAUUUUAUCUACAGACGGCUUUGCCUGGCUUGCCCUACACGGAAUCGUGUGGUGGGGAGGGCCGUUAAGGCCACAUUCACCCCAUACAUUUAAAGCAGGGUUUCCCCAACUUGGCUCUCCAUCUGUUUUUGGACUACAGUUCCCACCAUCCCUGGCCACUGGUCCUGCUAGCUAGGGCUGAUGGGAGUUGUAGUCCAACAACAGCUGGAGAGGCCCAAGUUUGGGAGACCCUGAUUUAAAGCAUUAGGGUGCCGCUUUAAAAAGUCAUGGGUUCCUCCCCAAAGAAUUAUGGGAGCUGCUGUUUGUUAAGGGUGUGGAGACUUUGAAGGACACCGCUGAUUCCCCCUUGCAGAGUUACAGACCUCUGGGAAGAUGGAUUGGCUGUUAAGCCACUCGAGGGGGGGGGGUCUCCUUACAACUCUCAGCACCCCGAACAAACAGCUCCCAUGUUGCUUUGGAGGAAGAAGUCAUGGUUACUUAAAGUGGUAUCAUGGUGCUUUAAAUGUAUGGUUUAGGUAAAGGUAAAGGGACCCCUGACCGUUAGGUCCAGUCGUGACCGACUCUGGGGUUGCGGUGCUCAUUUCGCUUUAUUGGCCAAGGAAGCCUGUGUACAGCUUCCGGGUCAUGUGGCCAGCAUGACUAAGCCGCAUCUGGCGAACCAGAGCAACGCACGGAAACGCUGUUUAGUUUCCCGCCGGAGCGGUACCAAUUUAUCUACUUGCACUUUGAGGUGCUUUCGAACUGCUAGGUUGGCAGGAGCAGGGACCGAGCAACGGGAGCUCACCCCGUCAUGGGGAUUCGAACCGCCAACCUUCCGAUCGGCAAGUCCUAGGCUCUGUGGUUUAACCCACAGCGCCACCCGCGUCCCUAAUGUAUGGUUUGCUCGUGGCUUAAUACCUAACUCCUUUCUCCUUCUGCUUUCACCCUCUGCUGCGCCCAGUAAUCUGAGAAGGCUUCCCAGUCAAAUGCUGUAGGUGUAGGUGGAAUCCACAGUCCUUCUGGAGGCUGGAUCACGUUGGCCAAGCAGAGGGGGCCCCAGGACGGGAGGUGCCUUAUCUCCAGAGGAUCCUUACAAGAUUAUCCGAGGCAGCUUGCCAGUGUCCUUGACGACGGCUGACCUCCCCGUACCCUUGGCUUAGGACCUCUGUACAGGUGGAGCGCAGGCCGCUCCUUCAGGAGUUGGAUUUGUGCACAGCCUUUUGUGGGUUAAGCAGGGGCUGCGCAAUGAGGAAUUGGUGCAGGGAGGAAGAGGUGGCCUUUGGUCUUUGUUGCCUUCCCUGCUGCUUGCGGGGAGAAGGCGGGAGCAAAUUCCAAAGCAGCAAGAGCAGCAGCAGCAGCCCUGCAAAUCUGUCUCUGCAAUAUUCCAAAGCUCAUCUUUUCUAGUUGCAGUGCUGAGCACCAAGGAGGCAGAGAGUGCCUCUCGCUCUCAUGCUGGGCUGCGCAGGAAAGCAUUCCCUGCGGGACUUGACAUCUUUCUGCAGGGCCCGCAAGACAGAGCUGUUCCGCCUGGCCUUUGGUUUGGACUCAGUCUGACCCUUAUGUUUCCCUCCCAUUAUGGUUUUGAUCUAUGGGCUAUUAUUAAAAUGAGGCUGCAUUUUAAAUUGUUACCCCCCCAUUAUGUUUUUGUUGUAAUUUUACUGGUGUUAGUCGCCCUGAGCCUGGCUCUGACCGGGGAGGGAGGGGUUUAAAUAAAAACUUAUUAUUAUUAUUAUUAUUAUUCCCGCAAGGGCGGAGGAUGGAUCAGGCGAGGUCAUGGGAGGAUGUCUUGAGCAUUUUGGGAGAGGGGAAGCGGCCCCAUCUCUCUUGGCGAGUGACAUGGGAAGCUGCUUUCUUCCGAGUCCAUUUAUCUUGGUGCUGCCCACACUGACUGGCAGCAAUGCCAGGGUUUCAGGCAGGGAGCCUCUCCCAGCCCUCCCUCCAGAUGCCGUUGGGAGGACUGAACCCGGGGCCUUCUGCAUGCAAGAGCUAUGGCCCCUGAGAGGUGCUUUGAGACAGAGGGCAGGGAAUGCUCUGGUGGCAAAGUCAGCAGCGACUGAAAGUUCGGGAUAAGUACCGGGGUGUUCACCCUCUUCCUUCCUCAUAGAAUUGUGGAGCUGGAAGAGGCCGUGUGAGUCAUCUAGCCCAACCCUCUGCAGUGUAGGGAUCUUUCGCUCAACAUGGGUCUCGAACCCAUGAACCUAAUUUUUGACCUUCCUCUUCUGAGAACAGCACAGGCCUCGGUGCCUUGAUGCGUUGCUCACUUAGUCUCUGUCCAUGUCAAAGAUGGCCUUGAUGGGAGGAGAACUGUUGUGUAUCAGGAGCUGGGAUAGCCGGCUGAGACUCUGGCCUAAUCCACACUGUACUUUUAAAGCAGUAUCAUGUCACUUUAAACAGAAACAGCUUCCCUCAAAGUAUCCUGAGAGCUGCAGUUUGUUCAGGGUCCCAAGAAUUGGGAGCUAGAAUUCCCAGAGUGGUUUCCCUCUUUCCAUGAAACUCUGGGAAUUAUAGCUCUUUGGGGAGAAUUGGGUUCCUCUAGGAACCCUCCACACCUGUAACAAACGACAGCUCCCAGGAUUCUUUGGGGGAAGAAGCCAUGGUUGUUUAAGGUGGGCUGAUACCGCUUUAAAUGUGGAGUGCAGAUGGGACAUUCUUUCCAGGUCUAAAGGUGCUGCAUUGAGUUUGGGCUCCAGGCAAAAUAAAUACCCUUCAGUCAGCCGCUGGAACAAGAUACCCUGAAGACCAAAUUGUAGGGGGUGGGGUGGCGGUGGUGUUCUGGACUUUAGUCCACAGGCCUGGUCUCUAGCUCAAAGGGGAGGGGAGGAACCUGACCACCUUCCCCUGACAUUGUUAGAUUUCCUAGCACCCAUCAGCCGCAGCAGCCAUCAUGAACAACAUGUCUAGGAAGAUGGUUUGCAGUUGCACAAUAUCUUUUAGGUCGUCUUCGAGUUCCCCAUCCCUGGGUGAAAGGAAUUUGUCCACCUGAGCCCCGUCGAUUGCCACAACUCCUACCCUGCCCAAAUCUUCCUGUUGUGUCCUGUGGUCAUGCCUUCCUCCUUGUGAAAUCGAGAGGAAGCAUUUUUGAAAAGCAGAAGGCCUGGCUCUUGAGAACCUCAACACAAUUCUGGGGUGCAAAACCUGUGUCUCACACAGGGUCUGGGAAGCUUGGGGAAGGGCCUUCACAGCUCGCUGGGAGGGUGUCCCCUCUGCAUGCAGGAAGGACCCAGGUUCAGAUCCCACAAGCAUCUCUCUGGUCAUUGGUAAGAAGAGCGGAGAAGACUCUCUUCCUGAGAGCUGCUGUCGAUGGUCCUGGUAGAUGGUUUCAGGCUAGGCCUGCAUUCUUCGUUGACACCCCAACAUCCCCGCUGAAAGUUAAGGGUCCAAGUGGAUCCACUCUCGGUGGAACAGUGGCAUCCUCUCCUAUGUAUUUUUAAAAAUAUAUAAUGCCAUCAGUAUUUGCAAGUGUCUGACUCAUUUAAGAUUACAUAGAACCUUUAUUCUCAUUAAUGAAUAAAACUCACGGGGGGAACACUUUUAUUUUUAACGAAUCUUUAUUAUGUGUAAAGGGAAUAUUUGUAUGAGUUAAUGCUUUGUUAUCACCUUGGAGCUGUUUUGUACCUUUGGGCUUUUGUCCUUCCAGGCUUUGACGCUUUAAAAUCUCUUGAUUCUUUGUUAUGUUUGCAAAAAAUCAAUGAAAUAAAAUGAAAAGUUGUCUCAGUUGCCAGUAAAGAAAUACACAAGAUGCAGCCACACAAUUUAUUGAAUCAGAAAUAAAACCUAACCAGAGGGGAAAUGUGUGUGGUUCGUGAUUUCAAAGGGUUUGAUGGUCUAAAUCAAAACAGUGGCAAGUUCAUACUUAAAAGAAGAUUAAAACGUAACCUUGGGCUGUACUAAAUCCAGACACCUAGACCUGUGGGACCUGACUUUCCUGAGCCACUGUGUUUGUGGAUGAAACAAAUGAGAAAAAAUGGCAAAGAAGGAAUCUCAAGCACUUUGGCCCCAGGACAAUUUUAGCUCAUGCGAGUCCCACCCCCUGCCCCCCAAGAAGGGCGAUUUGCCAAGUCUUGAAAUACCAGUAAUUGUCUAGAUUAUUGAGGUUAAAGGGCUUCCAAAACUUGAUUAUGCCCUGGACCACCGUCAAAAGGUUCAAGAUCAGUUUCCUGUUGUUGUGGUCUUGAUCCAAAUCUGCAAACAAGUUCAAGGGAGCCCAGCAAGUGGAGGGGGUGAAUUGUUUCUCGAGUUAUCUUCCACUCAUUCUCGUGGCACCCUUCCAUUCUCUUUGCGGGUGGUGCCACACAAAGGUGGGUGCUGGAGGGUGGGAGGCCCCACUUUGAAACGUGGCUCAACUCUAUGAAGCGGUUAGCUCUGUUGCCCAAAAAGUGUGGCGAGGAGGACAGGCAGGGAGCCACGUCUGCCUCCCUAUGCUUGCUUUUUCGGCUGAGACAAAUGGCUUAACUGUCCUCUCCUUCCUCCCUCGUAGGUUCAUGUGUGCCCAGCUGCCCAACCCAGUCCUGGACAGCAUCAGCAUAAUUGACACCCCUGGAAUCCUGUCUGGAGAGAAGCAGCGGAUAAGCAGAGGUAACACUUGGGCUGAAUCUAGACAUAUAUUUUAAAAAACAUGCACUGUAAAAAUGCUUUUAAAAAAAAAGUUUUUAAAUACCGUAUUUUUUGCUCUAUAGGGCGCACCGGACCAUAGGGCACACCUAGUUUUUUGGGGGGGAAAUAAAGAAAAAAAAAGUUAUUUCCCCCCCCCCCCAGCCUCAAAGAGCAAAGAAGCCAAGACAGCCAGCGGGAUAGCUGCCCAAAACCUGGGGUGCGCAGCGCUGCGCUCCCUGGGCGGCAGGCUGCAGGCUGCAAUCCGCCUUGCUCUCCAGGCUUCAGCGAAAGCCUGCAUUCGCUCCAUAGGACGCACACACAUUUCCCCUUCAUUUUUGGAGGGGAAAAAGUGUGUCCUAUAGAGCGAAAAAUACGGUAUAUAUUGAAUUUCCCAUUAGCUCACCAUUGCCACCUAGGGUCACAUUUGGUAAUGCGCUUAAAACACACUUCGAACAUUAUAUUUGCAGCUGUAUAGCUGAGUCCUUGGGGGCUGUGUGUGCAAGAACUUGAUGUUUCUUUGCUGGGGGUUUUGCAGGGCUCUUCUUAUGUUUCUAUGAGUGUGGCCCUAUCUUCUUGGUCAGACAGACCUCAUAGCUACAGCCCCACCAUCUUACCUGAGUGAGCUUCAGAAUAUUAGCACCCGUCCAACCUGCUACAGGUGCUUGUUCAGCAAGUCCCAAGACCUGGACGGGAGAGCUGAGCAUUGCUGCUAUACCGAGGGCACUUUAUUCCAGAUCCUUGGGCGAGCUCACUCAGCGGCUUCAUGUAGGUGUUCCUGGGUGGCUGCUGUGGAACACCAUGGUGCUAAUGCUAGAACCAAUUUGCUGAAUAGGAGGAGCAUGACCUACAGGGGCACAGUUUCCCAAUUCCCAGCCCUGUCCAGAAGGAUGUCCUUCUCAAAAGUAUUGAAAGCAGCUACGCUCCCAGUGAUGCUCCUCCAUCAGUGUAACAUGGGAGGUCCGGAGGGUAUCAACAUGAGAACAGGGCCUUCCCAGUGAUGGCUCCCUGCUUGUAGAAUGCUCUCCUGGGGGAAGCUUGCCUGGCACCAACCUUACAUAAAGGUAAAGGGACCCCUGACCAUUAGGUCCAGUCGUGGCCGACUCUGGGGUUGCGGCGCUCAUCUCGCUUUCUUGGCCAAGGGAGCCGGCGUACAGCUUCCGGGUCAUGUGGCCAGCAUUACUAAGCCGCCUCUGGCGAACCAGAGCAGUGCACGGAAACGCUGUUUACCUUCCUGCUGGAGCGGUACCUAUUUAUCUACUUGCACUUUGACUUUAUCUACUUGCGCGUUCAAACUGCUAGGUUGGCAGGAGCUGGGACCGAGCAAUGGGAGCUCACCCCGUUGCGGGGAUUCGAACCGCCGACCUUCUGACCAGCAAGUCCUAGGCUCUGUGGUUUAACCCACAGCGCCACCCGCAUCCCCAACCUUACAUAGCUUCAGGCAAAAACGUUUCUUUUCUGCCAGGCCCUUGGCUUCUAAUUUGCUGCAGCCUCCUUGAGUGAGCAGGAUGUUUUAAUCCUGCCUUUAAAAAGUAGGAUUGUCUUCUAGAGUUUUAUAAUGGUAACCAAAUCUGGGUCAGAAAGCUCAAUUUGAUGUUGCUCUCAAUGCCUGGAGCUAUGUUGCCUCCUUUCCCAACCAAACUCCUUGCCCGGAAAGGAAGAUCUGGGGCUGUCCCAAUAAAACAAACGUUUAGGAACAGAGGAUAGUUUUUUAAGAGGGGCUGCCUGACCACCUCCCCCGUUGGGGGCGGUGGGUUUUCUAACCCUUGGUUGUAGGCGGUGGGUUUAAAAUUAGGAGGGUUGCUUCGAUGGGGUACAUAAUCUGGGAGGUUGAAUGUACGCCCAGCGUGUUGUGGCUUCUUAAGUGAAAUGUUCCGUCCUUGGGAGGGGCAGAGAAGAGCCUCCCCCCCCCCCUGCCAUUGGCCUAUAGCCUGUAUCUCCUGGCCAAGUUCAGGCCUCCUUGGAGGAAACUCUCUCCCCCCCCCCCCAAUUCCCCUCGCUGAAGUUUCCAGGCGUAGCUUGAAAAUAUGUGGCUGGCACGAGAAGGGUGUUCUAGGUGGUGUACAUGCCUCGCCAGGAAGGAGCAGCAUUCCUGAUGCCUGGGGAGUGUCGCUGCCCCCCUCUCCUUGGGCCCGGGGCAAGCGGAGACGGCGUCUCGUGCUGCGCUGAUAGCGAAACUCUGCUCCUGCCAAGCAGAUGGACGGCAGCUAAAAAUAGCUGCCUUCUUCCCAGGCUCCUGUCUCGGCCAUCUUCCCUCUGCCUGUCCUACUACGUCUUGAGACACACCCCAGUUUGACUUCCAUCAUCUCCUGGCUGUGCUACGGUCUCCUUUCCAGGUGGGGGGCCUAGCACCUCUGCUGCCUUUGGGGUUGGGGGCAGAGAAGGGAACCAGGCCUUGCCCCAGAGGAGAGGUUAUAGGGAGAUGGAGGGGCCCUUUGCUGUCCUGCUGCCUGAGUGGGACAGAAGUGAAAUAUGUGUCUUAUUGCAGGCCUGGAAAUUGGACUUUUCUCCUUGCCCUGCUAUCAGGAAGUGCUGCAGAUGAGCGAUAAGGCUCCACUUGACCCUAGCAAGCAAGAAACCAGGAUGUGGUGGUCAUUGAGCUUUGGUUUAGCAAAUGCGCGCUCAUGCACAUUUUAUUUUUUUUAAACUAUGCAUUAAUAUAUGGAAUCUCGCAGUCACCGAGAAACUAGCUCGCAAACUUCAUGUGCUCAUGAAGAACCUAUAAAACGCUUUUGUAAAGUUUGGUGGACCUUUGUGUCUUACGCAUCAACUAACAACUUACACGACCUGCACGUAGAAAAGAAAUAAUGGACUCUGAUUUAAUAUCUAUUUAAAUUGGUUGUAUUAACUGUACUGACCUGUACUGUAUGAAUAUCUCUUCAGUGGCUUCCCAACUUUUUUGGGGUGGGUGGGUGUGUUUCCUUCACUUUUUGUUGUUGCCUGCAAAAAGAAAAAAUGUAUAAUGGUCUAACUCUUGGGAGGCUUAGUUUGCUCAGAAUCAAGCAGUCUCAGCCAACUCCUGCCCUUGCGGAGGCAGACCUCUAUGCGUGCCUUCUGUGCCCUUUGCCCUCUCUCACAGAGAUAUGUGGCCAAGCCAGUCUGAGCUCUGCUGGGAGCUGGAUUCCCUUCUGGUGCUGGUCUGGCAGGGGCCUCCCAGAGGGUGCUCAGGAGCCGUUCUGCUGAGCGCCGGAGGGCAAAACCAGUGUGUGUUGAUCCCCUCCGUCACGUUCCACAGGCAUAGGGAGACAAGGAUAUGGCAGUGGUUGGACUGUUGUGCUUCAGGGUAUCUUGCGUCCUGAUCUCUGCCACCAGCAAGGUGACCAAGUCCCCUAUGGGAAGCUGCAGCCCCUGCCUUGCAGAAAGAACGCUGCGGCACGAGGAAGACCAAUGUGGCUCUAGGCGUUGGCCAAUGAGCUUAGAGAUGCUUCAGUGUUUGCUCUCCUCUCCUCUGCCCUCCUCAUUCGUUUUUCCUUUUAUAGCUUGUCUAAUAGAUGGAGAGCCGCCGGCAGGAAGAGGAACUGUUGUAUGUUUUGCUGAACGUAAGCUUUUGUGCUUAGCAGCAGCCUUAAGAUGAAGUAUCUUACAGCCCUUCAGGUACGCAGACAAAUGCUGCAGAAAAAAGCAGCCUGGCUAGCUCAGUUGGAUAGAAGUGUUCAGGAAAUGCUAGUGGCAUUUCAGAAGCCAGGGAGACAGGAUUGAUUUUGUCAACCUCUGUCACUAUUAUACCUGCUGGAGCAAAAGACACCCCCCCCCCCAUUUAUUGCACCUUGUUCCCCUCCCAGUGUCGGGGGGUGGGGAUCCAGUUCCCUUCCCAGCACUGGAUUUCCAAGACAGGAUCAUCUGUGAAGCUGACCAGCCUUUGAUGAUGCUUUGGGAGUAAACGUGAACGAGUGUAUAGGAUUAGUUCAACUUAGAGCCUUGGUGCUCUGGUUUGUUUUGCCUUCUGUUUCAAGGUUCUGCCUGCUUUCCCACUACCUUUGUUUCCUAUUUAAGUUUCUUAAUUUGACCGCUGAGCUGUGUGUGGUUGGCAGCCUCCAGCUUUCUGAAUCCCCAUGUGCCCAGAUACCUGGCCUUCAAGCUACUGGGAGUUUGGGAUUGGCAUUGUAAGCAGACCAGCGCACUCUUCUGUGGGUCUGGGAGAGAGUGUGGACUUCCAUUACACUCUGAGCAAACCAGAAAGGUGCAGUUUGGACUGAGGAGUCCUGGGUCACUGGCUCAGAACCUUUUAAAUAAGUAAUUGCUUUAGUGCAUCCCAGCUUCCCUCCCCUCUGGGGUUUCAGGAGUGAAAGGGUGGGUGGCAUCGACGCAAGGCUGCUGUGUCACAGUUGGGCAUCCGAGAGUGUGGGAGAGGCUCUCUGGAACACCCCUGCUUCGUCACACCUUCCAGCUCUACAGUUCCAUUAUUAAUCUUAUUUAUUUUCAUAUAUGCCCCUGUGUUCGCUGCCAAGGUAAUUUUUAUAUGCAGCGCUUUGCAGAUUCUUAAAAUAAGAUACCAGUAAACUCGGAAAGCCCCACAUUCCUGGCUGUUUGCUUUGCAAAGUGUCUCUGGGCGUGUGGGGCAGUGGUGGAACUUCUCUUCCGCCCCCUGCCCCAAUCACUCGCCCUGCUUCCACCUUCCUGCCUGGAACACGGGAAGGAAUGGGGAACAGGGUGUCCAGCUAUUGCCUCCCAGGCCACUGCCCCCCCCCCAACCUCCUUUUGCCUUUCCUCAUUGCUGCAUCUCUGGUCUCCUCUGUUGGCAGGGAGCCUUUUGCAAAACGGUGGGUGUGGCUGUCCGGUGAUGUCAACGCUUUUUGCAGUGACUCACAGGAAGUUGGAAUUCUUACUCCUAUUGUUUUUCAGGAGGGCUGGGAGGGCCUCACUUUUUCCACACCUCGUCCAGGCCAGGAAGUUUAGCCUGCGAGAGGUUUACCUGGAAAUGUUUCAGGGAAUCCGAAAGGUGGAAAAGCUUUUCUGGGAUGGUGAUUCAGUGUGUGUGUGUGUGUGUGUGUGUGUGUGUGUAUAUUUAGAGGGGAAAAACCAUUUGAGGUAUCCCCUUACAAAACCUUCCUUCCUUCCUCCUUCUCCUCAAACAUUCCAAAGAGAGAUCUGGAAAAAGGAAGCUCUCUUGCCCUGAGUCAGGCCACUGACUCACCUGACCCAGUGCUAUCUGCAGAGACUGGCUGUGCUGGUUCUCUGGGGUUUCAGCGCCAGGCCUUCCUCCACGUGAGUUCAACUGGGGAUCCUUUGUGCGCAAAGCAAGGUGCUCUUCCCGUCCGCUCCGUUUGCCUCCCUCCCUGGCACUGGUGCUUUCUCUUGGCCUGGAAUAGCUUAACUUCCCCAAAUGACACUUCCAUUCUAGGAAGCAAGAUGUGCACAUCAGCAUGGGGAAAGUUCCCCCUUUUCAGAUGAAUUGGAAAUCACAGGGGUUUCUUUUUUCUUCUUCUUUUUUUGCAAACAAAGGCGAUUCUGCUGUGAGGGAGAUUUGGCACAUUCUGGCCUCCCUCUUCCCCUUGCAGCAUCUGAGAGCGAUAAGCCUUUGGUGUCUGCUUCCCAUCUCUCGCCAGCCUCCUUUGGCUGCCCUGAAUUCUGCUCCUGGGCUGGGGCUGGCAUGACCACCGUUUCUCUCUUGCAGCUGAGCUUUCGAAUGCCAAUAAAGUGGUACUUCGAGUUACAAAUGCCUCAGGUUACAAACUCUUCAGGUUACAAACUCCGCUAACCUGGAAGAGUUACCUCGAGUUGAGAACUCUGCCCCAGGAUGAGAACGGAAAUCGUGUGCCAGCGGCGCAGCGGCAACAAGAGGCCCCAUUAGCGAAAGCACGCCUCUAGUUAAGAACAGUUUCAGGUUAAGAACGGACCUACAGAACGAAUUAAGUUCGUAACUAGAGGUACCACUGUACAAGGAACAUCUGCUGGGUCGGCCAAUGGCCCACCUGGUCCAGCAUCCCAUUCACACAGUUGCCGGCCAGAUGCCUCUUUUGGGAAACUGGCAAGCAGGAUCCGAGUGCGAGUUCAGCUCUCCCCUCCUGCGGUAUUCAGAAGCAGUGCUGUCUUGGUGUGGGGUUGGGGGGAGAGGGGCAGAGCACAGCCGUAAUGGCUAGUAGCCGAGGAUAGUCCUCUCCUCCAUGAAUUUCUCCAGUCCUCUUCUGAAACUAUCCAAGCUGGUGCCCGUCAGGGUCUCCUGUGGGAGUGAGUUCCAUAGGUUAAAUCUGCACUGCAUGGAGAAGGACUUUCCUUUUAUCCGUCCUAAACCUAGCGAUGGCUCCAAUUGCAGUUGCCUUUCUUCGUAAACCUCCGGUGGUGGCUGAUGCACGUUCAUAGCCUGGCUUUUGGAGUGUGAGGAGAGUGCCUCUGAGCAUGCAUGAAGUGCACACCCCCUCAUUGCCUGCAGUGUACAAGCCAGGGAACCUGAGCUGCAGGGUGGCUUGUUGUGGUAGGAAUGUGAGCAGAAGGGUUUGUGAAAGCCUAGUUUGGUAUGAUAUGUGCCACUCCGGGGCAGGGAUAGAGGUGGGCGUGGGGAGAGGGAGGCAACAUCCCUCUCUGCACUGGAGGGCACCCAGCCCUGGCUUGUGGGAAAGCCUUGGCCCUUGGUGACCUCCUGCCUGGCAGCCCAGUAACCUCGCCUGGAAGCUGCCCUUGGGAAAGUUCCUCUACAGCUGGUGAGCCACAACUUCCCCCUUCAGUUACAAUGAGUGUGUUCCUUCCACCGAAUAGCUGAUGUAAUAAACAAAAAUCUGCCCUUAUUCCCUUAUGGGGGACACAAGAGGCCUUAUAGAGUCCUUUGUAGGUUCUCCAUCGGUCGGAGAAAAUAACAGAGGCCAACCAGAGAAUACUGAGAAGCAAAGCAGCUCGUAAGCCUGAUCUUUAUUGAACUGUUGCAACAGGGUGCUCCCCUCACACGCAGGAAAGGAGGAGGACCCAGAACCCAGGUGUGCCCGCCCUUAUAUAGACACUUUAAAUUCCCUGCCCUGGAGCUCAAGACCACCCCUCCAUACAUCACAGAAGGGGUAUAACCCAAGACCUACCCCCCACAAACAUCAUACCUACAUCACAGAAAAGGUGGUCUACAACAGAAAUUUGAAUGUUGUUGUUUUUCCUGUCUGCCAGGUUAUCUGAUAAUGCCUUAUCUGAUUGCCUUUCCUGGUAGUCUGGCCAUUCCUUUGAGAUGGUGAUUACCCACUUCCUGAGACAAUGGGAAGGUUCUCUCCCCCCCUCCCUCCUCGCAGAGAAAACAUUUGGUCAGUUGGGGAGUCAAAAUGGUUUCAGGGCGGUCUUCCUGUGCUGCUCCAGACAUGUGGUCCCCAUAUCUAUGUAUGUGCUAGAUUGGUACAUCUAUGAACAUUUAUUAUAUAUAUAAAAAAUACCUUAAAUUUUUUAUUUCACUAAAAAAAGGAAGAAAUUCCCCAGCCUCACUUCAUGCAGAAAUCACCCGGCUGGUGCCUGAUGUCUAAUUCUCACUUCUGCCGCUCGAAGUUAGCCCUUCGAAGAGUGGACAGAGAAAAGGUUUUUUCCUCCCUCUCUCGUAACACGAGAAGUCGUGGGCACCCAGUCCUGGAAGAUUCAGGAAAGGUGAUAGCACUUCUUUGCAUAGUGCCGAGUUAACCUGUGGAACUCCCUCCCACAGUGAUGGCCGCCAACCUAGAUGGCUUUAAAAAGGGGACUAGACAAAUUCAUGGGUCAGAGGGCCCUCUGGCUACUAGCCACAAUGGCUCCGCUUGGCUUUCACCGUUGGAGGCAGCGACACUGGGCUUAGAUGGGCCAUCAGCCUGAAAUCCACCAGGUUCUCCUGAAAUUCUUGCGAGUUUCAGCCCCCCACUUCCAAGUGGUGGUGGGAUUUCUCCCUUUUCACUACCCUGAUUAUCAUGAGUUAAAAGCCUCUGCUAGCAGCUAUGGGACUCUGAUCCGAAGCAGCUGAACUGGAAAGGAAUGCAGAUGCCUUUCUCUGUGAAUUGUCGUCUCUGCUGCACCAGGACCUCCAUUAUUCUGAGUUCUGGAUGUGUAUGGAGGCGGGGGCUGUCGUCAUCCCGUCUGCCCUGAGUUGGGGCCUCAAGCAAGACCCAUAACUGAGUGGCAGGGCACCUGUUCUGCUUGCAGAAGGCUGGGAACCCUACCCGUCCCUGGAACAGUGGGAGAGCUGCCAUCAGCCACCCCAGACUCUUAGGCACAAUUGGAGCAGCAAUGAUUCUGAAUUCCAGUUUCUGGAAACCACGAGAGGGGAGAGGGCCUUGUGCCAGGGUCCUGCUUGCAGAUUUCCCACAAGCUGGCCACCACGAGGACAGAACGAUAGACUAGAUGGGCCACCAGCCUGAUCCAGCAGUGUCGCCUUAUGUUCUUACAUUUUCCUUUAACUGCUCCAUAAGACCCACCAGACCACAAGAUGCACCUAGUUCUUGGAGGAGGAAAACAAGAAAAAAAAUAUUCUGAAUCUCAGAAGCCAGAACAGCAAGAGGGAUCACUGUGCAGUGAAAGCAGCAAUCCCUCUUGCUGUUCUGGCUUCUGGGAUAGCUGCGCAGCCUGCAUUCGCUCCAUAAGACGCACACACGUUUCCCCUUACUUUUUAGGAGGGAAAAAGUGAGUCUUAUAGAGCAAAAAAUACGGUAUGUCUUAGGGUUAGGAAGUAAAAUGUGCACCUUCUAGGUGACUUCUGUGAGAUGAGGCAGCCUUGCUGCUCCGACCUUUCAGGAUUUUUUAGCCAGUGAGGAACAUUGGGGUUGUGACUGACGAGUGAGUUGUUUGGACACCAGGCUAUAGAAUCUCUAGGGUCCCAAAGAACUGCUGUCUGUCCCCCCGACCCCAUCAGUCGCUGUACUCUUUCUGUUUGUCUUGUUCUCCAGUCCUUGGAAAAGGCAAACUAUGUAAAUUCCAAGCAACCAGAAUGCCUCUUUCCUGUGGUGAGUUUGUUUGAGAUGAGGUACUUCCUAGAAAUCAUUUUCUGCAAGCUCUACUCCAAAAUAAUUUUGAGUGGACGUUAAAAAAUUCCACCCCCCUUCCGGUCACUAAUGCAUAGCUGUCAACAUUCUCCUUUUUUUAAGGGUAAUUCCCUUAUUCUGAAUAGGAUUCCUUGCAAGAAAAGGGAAAAGUUGACAGCUAUGCACUAAUGUAAAAUUUGAAAACUUCGCAAAGAGGCUUAGCCAUGUCUGCUAUGUAUGAGCGGAAGAGCAGGCACUCAUUAAGAAUUCACAUCACUAUUAUUAACUUUAUUACCCCCAGGCCCCAGGAUGGGUUACAACAAAUUAAAAUUCAGAAUUAUAAACCAUUGAAGCAAAUCCCACACAGGAAUAUGGUUAACUUACAGUGCAAUUAUGUACAUGUCCACUCGGAUAUAACUUUAACUAAAAACAAUAGUUAAGACAUCAUAACACUGUUAGAACCAGUGAUUAAAGUACAGAAUGCCCAGUGUCUUGCCUCGUCUGCACCUUAGUUCUACAAGGCCCCUCUGAACAGGAAACUCUUAGCCAGUCCAACCUCCCUUGGGGGGGGGGGAAUCCCUCAAUCUAGGAGCAGCUACAGAAAAGGCUCCACCAAAUACCACCACCAGGCCUACUUCUUGUGUUGAUGGGACCGAGAAGGGGUUCACCCAAGGAUCUUGGCACCCAGGCAGGUUCAUCCAGAACCGUCUGGGUGAAAUUGGACUACAGCUCCCAUCAUCCCUGGCCAUGUUGGCUGGGGCAACAGUAUAUGGAGGACCACAGAUCUUCUCCACCCUAUUCUGGGGCUCUCACUACACCAUCUAGGAGAGCUUCCUGUCUGAUUUAUGAGCUUUGGCUGAUUCUCCAGCUACGACCGUUCCUGACCCACUGUAAUCCACGCACUGGUAACCUCAAGGCCAGACUACUGCAACACGCUCUGUGGGGCUGCCCUUGGAAGCUCCAGACGGUGCGGAAUGUGGUGGCCAGAUGGGGGCAUCUUUCUGACAACAUGCAAAGCCCUUGUUAAAACAUCUGCACUGGCUACCCAUCUGCUGCUGAGCCAGGUUCAAGGUCCUUGUAUUAAUUUACAAAGCCUUGAGCAAUUUAGGUCCAGAGUAACUAAGAGGUCACUGAGAUCAUCCACAGAAGCGUUGGUGGCUGGUUCCAGAGUUGGUGAGGCACAUUUGACAACAAGAACAACAAGUAAACAAGCCUUUACUGUCAUUGGCUCCAAUGUCGUUCCUCUUCAUUCCACCUCCAUGUGGAAUGUCUGUGGAAUGUGGAGUUGUGGAAUGCUCUGCCACUAGAGAUUCUGCAAGAUGCCUUCAGUUUCCUGUAUUAAACACCUGCUGAAAACUUUUCUGUUCUGUCAGGCUCAUGGAGGCAAUUAAGAAUGAAUGCAUCUUUCCAUAAUCAUCAGCUGAUUUCUGAUUUUAACUUUGUUAGGUUUAUCGUUUGGCCUUUAUAUAGAUGCAGUAAUUGUUGUAAACCACUCUGGUACUUUUUAAAAUGAGUAUCGGUGUAUAGAUAAAUAAAACAAAUGUCUGGCAGCUUUGCGCGGUCAGGGAGAGAGAUUCAGCUUCUCUUGUUCAGCCUUCUUCCUUGUGUGAAGCUCUGUUAGCAAGAGUGAACAGGCUCUGCAAAUGCAGCUGCUCAUCUCUCCCUCCCAAAGUCUCCCCCCCUCCACUUCCUGUUUUCAACCCAUUGUCUGUAAAUUGGCUGACUUUGGCAUGAGAUGAGCAGAUAAAAGAUUGUCAGGGCAGGAGAUCAAGCUGAGCACAGCAGGGCCACAAGCAUCUAGCGAGUCCAGAGCAAGGGGACAAUUCCGGGCUUUGGGUUAAAACCCAGAGGCAGGUUCAGGCAAGCCAACAAGGGGAGGGGGGAAUUCUUUAGAUGUGCUCAGACUUGCAAGGGUCGACCUGAAGCAGGUCUUAGUCUCUUUUUUUCAGUAGGUUGAAAAUGGCUUCCGACCCAUUUAACAGCAAAAAAAAAGGCUUCUUGACCACCCCCAAACAGCUGAGCCAGGUUAUCAAGGCAUACCCUCCAACAUUUCUCUGAUGAAAAUUUGUUGUAGUUUAGUCGUUUAGUCAUGUCCGACUCUUUGUGACCCCAUGGACCAGAGCACGCCAGGCACUUCUGUCUUCCACUGCCUCCCGCAGUUUGGUCAAACUCAUGCUGGUAGCUUCGAGAACACUGUCCAACCAUCUCGUCCUCUGUCGUCCCCUUCUCCUUGUGUCCUCCAUCUUUCCCAGCAUCAGGGUCUUUUCCAGGGAGGCUUCUCUUCUCAUGAGGUGGCCAAAGUAUUGGAGCCUCAGCUUCAGGAUCUGUCCUUCCAGUGGGACAUCCUAUUUAAUUAUUAUUAUUAUUAUUAUUAUUACUACUACCAUUAUUCUUAUUAUUAUUCUUAUUAUUAUUAUUUAUUAAUGUUGCUGUUUAUACCUCACCCAUCUGACUGGGUUUGCUGCAGCCACUCUGGGCCGCUUCCAACAUGAAUAAAAACAUAAUAAAACAUUAAACAUUAAAAAAAGCUUCCCUAUACGGGGCUGCCUUCAGAUGGCUCGGGUCAGAUAACUCCCUAACCUCCAACAUGUCUCCGAUGGGAAUAGAGACAUCCUAAGGAAAAGCGGGACAUCUGGAUCAAAUCAGAAACUGUCAUGGCUUCUGUAAAUCUGGGACUGUCCCUGGGAAAUAGGAAUACUUGGAGGGUCUGUCAAGGCUAUCGGUGGCUACUAACUACCAUGCUGUGCCUCUGUGGUCAGAGGCAGUAAAUGCUUCUGAAUACUAGUUGCUGGGAAGCACAAGAGGGGAGAAGAGUCUUGUGCUCUUGAGUUCUGUUUGCCAGUUUCCCACUGGGGCAUCUGGUUUGGCUGCUGUUAGAGCAGGAUUCUGGGUUUGAUGGGCCGCCAUUGGCCUGAUCCGGCAGGGCUCGUCUGAUGUCUAUUUGGGGGAACCUCUGGCCAGUGUCCUGGGCUGGCCGCAUUUGCAUUUCUUGCAGUGUCUCAAACUUUGGGUCCCCAGCUAUUGUUGGACUACAACUCCCAUCAUCCCUGACCACUGGUCAUACCUAGCUAAGGAUGAUGGGAGUUGUAGUCCAGCAACAGCUGGGGACCCAGGUUUGAGAAACACUGCAACGCUAUGGAUUGGCUGGUGACUGUCGAAUCCCUUGAGGCGGGGAGCCCAGCAUCACCAGCCCAUCUGUGAAGUUAGAGAAAUGCAAACUCAGCCAGCCCACAAUAGCCAGAUUGUGCCUUUCUGAGCUUUGCUGUUCUUCAGCUGUAGAACGGGACUGCAUGCUUCAGUGCUGACAAAACAUUUCUCUUCCCUUUUUUAAAAAAGUUACUCUUGUGAUUAGCCAUGCAGAAGCCACUUCUUUCAACUGCUCCUUCUCUCAGCCUCAGACCUCCUCACAUGUAAAGCAGGAGCAUUGACAGCUUGUUGUUUUUUUGAUGGGGAUGUUCCUUCAGCUCCACUGGCCAGCUGAGAUUUCUGUCUUAGAAUGCAGUGCGAUUGCAUCUUAUGCAGAGGUUCCGUUCCAAUGAGGGUUCCAUGUACACAUCAACAUUGUGUGUACAUUGUGAAUCCCCCAUACUCUAUGAGAGCCAGCAUGCUGAGCAGGCCUUGCCCCUCCAAGCAAGACAGAGAGCUAAAAGUUGUUCCCCUAGCUCUUCUCCAAAAUCUUCCUCCUAUUUUAGUCUUAAUGAGAUAAGGGGAGGGGUGGCCAAUUGUUGAGAAGGUUUUAUAUAGUUUGAAAACAAUUCCCUUGAGGAUAAUACUGGGUUUUUUUUAUAUAAGAUAUUUAUUGAAAUUUUCAAAAUAUUACAAAAGAAAAAUAGAAAAAAGAAAAAUACAAAAUAAAAAUAGUUAAAAACAACUCGAUCUUUCCAUUACAUAUUUUUCAUUAGCUUAUUUCCCGGACCUCCUCACGCCUCCCUUUUUUGUAUUCCUGUUCGGUUUGUUGGUUCAGCAAAUACUUCCCCUCUUUGUUUAUCCAAGUCUUAAAUCUUAAAAUAUUAUAACAUUAAAUUUUUACCUGUUAAUAAUCCAUUUUUCAUAUUCCCUUAUAGUAUUACAGCUAAAAACCACUUACUUUCUAUCCAACAUCAUUCUAACAUUCAUUGAUUUUACAAUAUUUCUGUAAAUAGUCUUUAAAUUUCUUCCAAUCUUCUUCCACCGACUCUUCUCCCUGGUCUCGGAUUCUGCCAGUCAUUUCCGCCAAUUCCAUAUAGUCCAUCACCUUCAUCUGCCAUUCUUCCAGAGUGGGUAGAUCUUGUGUCUUCCAAUACUUUGCAAUGAGUAUUCUUGCUGCUGUUGUGGCAUACAUAAAAAAAGUUCUGUCCUUCUUUGGCACCAAUUGGCCGACUAUGCCCAGGAGAAAGGCCUCUGGUUUCUUCAAGAAGGUAUAUUUAAAUACCUUUUUCAAUUCAUUAUAGAUCAUCUCCCAGAAAGCCUUAAGAGGAUAAUACUGGUUUAAAUGGUUAGUUGAUGAGGUUGUCAUAAGACUGUAGAGAUGGAGGGAGCCAAAGGGUGAUUAAUCUAGUCCAACCCCCUGCAACCAGUGUUAGAAACUCGGGUAUAUAAGCUGGGCGCCAAAUGGCUCCUUAAACCAGGGUUACAGUCGCCAAAGUGGAAUGCCUAGCUGCCAUUUCGGGCGCAGAUGGCUUGAAAGUUGCAUCCUGGCACCUGGGCAUCUUCACUUGGUCGCAAGUGGCCAACAGCCAGGUGCAAAAUGCGCCUGGCGAAUUUCAAACGCUGCCUGCAAUGCCACGCAUUGUCACGUUUUCCCUGCAGCAAACUUAAUCACAGCUGCCCCUCUGGAAACAGUAUAUGCUUGCUGUCUCAUGUAUAGUUUAUGGGAUGCAGCAGAGACUGGGCGCCAUCUUGUUUCCAGCUCUAUACACAAUCUGUGUGUUUUGAGUCCAAGUGCAGGGAAGUUGGGGGGCCCUGCUUGGAAAUGUAAACGGGGGAAACCCCAUUGAGCAGAAGUGCCUGUAAGCAGCAUUGUGCUUCCUGUUAACCCCUCUGUGCUGGGAAACUGAACUGGCUGUCCCAGUGCACAGGCGGGGGUGUUGUAUUGGCUCUGGGGAGUCAUCCAAAAUGGUAAGAAUAGGCCUGGGGGCACAGGCGAAGAAGAGAUGUCUUCAGUCCUUUAUUUUUUAUUUUUUUAAAAGCACCAUUUAGAAGCAACAGUCAGUAUUCAACAAUCUCUUUUCACACACACCGAGAGAGAGAGAGAAGAACCAGAUGUCUAACUACAUUUAACUUUUAACCUUAAGUUUUUCAGCAAAAGUAUCAUCCCACAAACCUCCAUGUGUCCUCAGAGCCCAUAAGCCAUGUUCCAUCAAUAUUACAUAUGUAAUAAAACCAAGCCAGACUGAUUGAAAAGUGGUGAUGGUUUUUGUCUGCAUGACUGUCUUGGAUGCGGGUUGUCUGUUGGUCCAUUGGUCUUAAGUCCCAGCGUUGUGAGGUCCAGAUCUCAAAAUAGGUCUGCAUUUAGUGUCUUCCAAUACCUUUCAAUACUCGGGACAUGGGUGGCGCUGUGGGUAAAACCUCAGUGCCUAGGGCUUGCCGAUCGCAUGGUCGGCGGUUCGAAUCCCCGUGGCAGGGUGAGCUCCCGUCGUUCGGUCCCAGCUCCUGCCCACCUAGCAGUUCGAAAGCACCCUUAAGUGCAAGUAGAUAAAUAGGUACCACUUUAUAGCGGGAAGGUAAACGGUGUUUCAGUGUGCUGCGCUGGCUCGCCAGAUGCAGCUUCGUCACGCUGGCCACGUGACCCGGAAGUGUCUCCGGACAGCGCUGGCCCUCGGCCUCUUAAGUGAGAUGGGCGCACAACCCUAGAGUCGGACACGACUGGCCCGUACGGGCAGGGGUACCUUUAAUACCUUUCAAUAGAUAGCAAGCCACGCUGCUGCCUUUAUAUCUCCAGCCAGGAAUUUAUAUUUUAGCUUGUAGCAUGGAAGGUUAAAGGUGGGCCUGCCUUGCCUCUACUGCCUUGUCUCCACUUGGAUCAGCUCGCUGAAUUGUACACUGCUGCAGAUCUCCCUUGGGAUCCACCCAGGAUGGCAACCCACCUUGCUUUUCAGCUGACCCUUUUUGAAUUAACAGGCUGCUUUUGGGGGGGGGUUAGUGUGUCCAAGAAAGCAUACAGCUCACAAAAACUGUUUAUAAAAUCCAAUAGUACAAGCACCGUGUACAUGUUUAAAAAACUGAGGCCAAUUAAAAUAAAUAAAAAGGCUGUCCAUGCAAGAACAAGUCUCUGAAACGCAGCCUAGAUUAAGGAAAAGGCAGGACAAAAUAAACGAGGCUUUUGGAAACACAGCUUAAAAUAAAUUUGGACACCUAGGAGGGAAGAAGAGGCUGGGUCUACAUUGACUGACAACUGCGGCUCUCCAGGGGGUCAGGCUGGGGGUGUUCGUACCUGGCGAUGCUCGUGGGGAUUGAACUGGAGACCUUCUGUAUGCAGGACAGGUGUCCUCUGCCCAUGAGCUCCAGACCCUCCCCUUUCAUGCUAUAUAGAUCAGUGCUUCCCAACUGGUGCUCUGUGGACCGCAGGGGGUCUGCGUAACCCACCCAUGGCACCAUUGACAUAACAAAAACUGCCAUACAGAUAUCGAAAGGUUCGGAAGCAGAAGGUCCAUAGCUUGGCUUCUGAAAAACAGGGGUCCGCAGUACUUAGCUAACUGGGAACCACUAGAUUGAUGUGAGCUUUAAUCUGCAAUCUAAAAUAUUUUCCAAGCCCGUUUUGCUGCCCUGCUGAUGACUGCAUGCAAGACUCAAAACACCCGGACAUGUAUUAGUCCUGGAAGACAACACUUUAUGCUUGGCAGUUGUUUCAAUAAAAUUUGUGUCACCAGUUAGCUCAGCUGGUGUUGAUAAUGCCAAGGUCGCAGUUUCAAUCCCUAUAUGGGUGGCCUGCGUAUUCCUGCAUUGCAGGGGGUUGGGGGCCCUUCCGACUCUCUGAUUCUAUGUCGUCUUGCUUCUCCCCCCCCCCCAGGCUACGACUUUGCGGCGGUCCUGGAGUGGUUUGCGGAGAGGGUGGACCGCAUCAUCCUCCUCUUUGACGCCCACAAGCUGGACAUCUCGGACGAGUUCUCCGAGGUGAUCAAGGCCCUGAAGAACCACGAGGACAAGAUCCGGGUGGUGCUGAACAAGGCGGACCAGAUCGAGACGCAGCAGCUGAUGCGGGUCUACGGUGCCCUCAUGUGGUCGCUGGGCAAGAUCAUCAACACGCCCGAGGUGGUGCGUGUCUACAUUGGCUCCUUCUGGUCCCACCCGCUCCUCAUCCCAGACAACCGGAAGCUCUUCGAGGCGGAGGAGCAAGACCUCUUCAAGGACAUCCAGUCCCUCCCGCGAAACGCCGCCUUAAGAAAGCUCAACGACCUCAUCAAGCGAGCCAGGCUGGCCAAGGUGGGUGCCCGUCCCGGGUGGGGGGGGAGCUUUUCCCCUUCCUUCAAGGCCGGGGAGGUGUGUUCUGGCUGCCCAGUGAUGGAGGAAGGGUGCCCAUCCCAGGUGGCUCCCCGGAUUGCAGGGGAGAAAGCUUUCAGUAUGUUUCUUAGCACAAUUCAAAGUGUCGGUGCUGACCUUUAAAACCCUAAACGGCCUCGGCCCUGUAUACCUGAAGGAGUGGCACCACCUCCCUUGUCCAGCCCAGACACUGAGGUCCACCUCCGAGGGCCUUCUGGCGGUUCCCUCACUGCAAGAAGUGAGGUUAAAGGGAACCAGGCAGAGGGCCUUCUCGGUAGUGGCGCCCGCCCUUUGGAACGCCCUCCUGUCAGAUGUCAAGGAAAUAAACAACUAUCUGACUUUUAGGCAGCCCUGUAUUGGGAAGUUUUUUAACAUUUGAUGAUCUCAGGUGUUUUUAUAUUUUGUUAGAAGCUGCCCAGAGUGGCUGGAGCCACCCAGUCAGAUGGGCAGCAUUUUAUUUUAAUUUAUUCAAGGGCAGAGAGGGCCCAUUGGUUCACCCUCAUCCAAUGUCUUGUUUAGGUCAGUGGUCUUCAACUUCUUGAGAGCUGGGACUCCUCUGUAGCAGGAUGGGGACCCAUUUCCAAGGGCAAAAGGGGGGCCCUUGGUGUUGGAAUGGCAUGGGCAGGGCUGUCCUUCUGUUGAAGACCAGUUAUCUAGCCCAGGUGUGGGGAGCCUGUCUCCCUCCAGAUAUGCUGGACUCUUAACCCCCAUCAGCCCCAGGACACCCGACCCAAAAGCCAGGGGUGAUGGGAUUUGUAGUCCAGCAAUAUCUGGAGGGAGACAGGCUCCCCACACCAGGCCUAGUCCCGCCCAUCAUUUAUUUAUUUUUGCAGCCGCUUGUGUCACCUGCAGUUUCUGAGUUCUCAGCCUCUGCUCUCUACCUCCCUUGCAGGUCCAUGCCUACAUCAUCAGCUCCUUGAAGAAGGAGAUGCCCAACGUCUUCGGGAAGGAGAGCAAGAAGAAGGAGCUGGUGAGCAACCUGGGGGAGAUCUACCUGAAGAUCGAGAGGGAGCACCAGAUCUCACCGGGGGAUUUCCCCAACCUCAGGAAAAUGCAGGUAUGGAGGGAUGUUGACCUGUGUAGUGCGUUUGGGGCAGGAGCGGGCGGGACUUGGGCUUGCCUGGAGAGCAAGGAGGUCCUGGAGUCUUGCCGCAUGUUUGUGUGUGUUGCAAAAAUCACAAUGUACGGGAAGCCAAACGAUGCUUCUCUCGAUUCCUGCAGCUCCUGUUAACUCUCUCCCCACCCCCACCCUGCGAAUCACAAGAGCAGGCCCUGGAAAGAAUCACGCGGGGGAAACCGUGUAGCCAGCCAAUGCCUCUACAUGGCUCCAUCCUUGUUUCAGACAUUGUGAUACAUCGCGAUGUUUAGCUGGUGAUACAUCACGAUGCUGAAAAUUGGUGGCUGGACUCUCCUUAUGAUGUCAGUUGUGAUUUUUGCCUGCCAUCUUAAGGACCACAGACCUCCUGCCUCUGAGCACCAGUUGCUAUGGGGACAGCAAGUGGGGAGAGUGGUGCUGUUGCGCUCAGGCCCUUUGGACUGAUCCUGCAGGUGGGCUCCUCUUCCCCCGCAGUCAAGAGGCGGCAAUGCUUCUGAAGACCAGUCGCAGGAAACCACGGGAGGGGAGAGUGUUGCUCUUGUGCAGGCUUCCCAUAAAGGUCAGCCACAGUGAGACCAGGAGGCUGGACUAGUGGGGACCCAGCAGCAUCCAGUCUGCUUGUUAACAUUCCCAAUGGAACCUCCAGAUCCAGAGGCAGUCUUUCUGAACUCCCAGGUUCUUAGGGACGUUUGGCCACUAUUGAGAACAGAAUACUGGGCGGAAAAACUCUGGAAAAGUGAUUUGCAGUUCGCAGCAUGUUAUUCUUUGAAGGAGAACUACUUGAAAAUGAUUUACAGAUGGUAUUUAACUCUGAGUAGGCUUGCAAAGAUGUUUAAGACUGAAUCAGAUAAGUGCUGGAGAUGCAAAGAGGUUGAGGGAACGUUCUUUCAUAUGUGUUGGACUUGUAGAAGGGUAAAAGAGUAUUGGGAAAUGAUCGAUAAUGAAUUGAACACAAAUGUUUAAAAGUACUUUCCCAAAAAAAACAGAGUCCUUUCUUUUGGGGAUAAUUCAGACUGAAAUUCCCAGGUGUCAAAAAAAGGUUAUUUAUGUAUGCCACUACUGUGGCCUGUGUUUUGUCAGCCCAAAAAUGGAAAAUGAGGUCUCAACCAAAGAAGAGUGGCAGCUUAAGUUGACAGAAUACACACAGCUCGCAGACUUAACAUAUAGAAUAAGAGAACAAGAAGAACAUACAUUUAGAGAUGACUGGAAAACGUUUAUUGAAUAUAUGGGAAAUAACUGUGUACAGCUGAAAACGCUGGCAGCAUUAAGAUAAAUUCAACAGUGUAAAUAAGUUAUGAUGGAUGUAAUAAUGGAAUGCUGAAUGGUAUAGUUUUUGUAAAAUAUGCAGGGAUUUAUGAUACAUAAAAUGAACAAUGGAAAGAGGAGAAGGGAAAUCAUUUAUAUUUUAAGGAUGUAAAAAAUGAGUACUUUAGAUUGUAAAACAGAAAAUUUAAUAAAAAUUAUAUACAAAACAAGAAUGGAAUGCUGGAUUUUACUUCAUGCUCUUCACAUGCCCACCUUGUUGUCCCCCCAGGAGCAGCUGCUUACGCAGGACUUCAGCAAGUUCCAGCCGCUGAAGUUGAAGCUGCUGGACGCGGUGGACGACAUGCUGGCCAACGACAUUGCGCGCCUGAUGGUGAUGGUGCGGCAGGAGGAGGCUCAGAUGCCCACGCAGGUGGUGAAGGGCGGGGCCUUCGAGGGCACCAUGAACGGGCCCUUCGGCCACGGCUACGGCGAGGGGGCGGGCGAGGGCAUCGACGAUCUAGAGUGGGUGGUGAGCAAGGACAAGCCCACGUACGACGAGAUCUUCUACACCCUCUCGCCCGUCAACGGCAAGAUCACGGGCGCCAGCGCCAAGAAGGAGAUGGUCAAGUCCAAGCUGCCCAACACCGUCCUGGGCAAGAUCUGGAAGCUGGCGGACGUGGACAAGGAUGGGCUGCUGGACGACGAGGAAUUUGCCCUUGCCAACCACCUCAUCAAGGUCAAGCUGGAGGGGCACGAGCUGCCCGCCGAACUGCCCUCCCACCUGGUGCCGCCCUCCAAGCGUAGGCAUGAAUGAUGCCACCUCCCUGUCGAGCGGGAGGGGCCCCCGCCUCUUGACUCUGCCCAGCCUUGGGUGGGCCGCCUGCCCUCAGGAACUCGACUUUGAACUGCCCCGCCCCACGAGAACAAAAGACGCCACCCCAAACCCACAGAUGAUUUCGUUUUUUAAAGAAAUGUUUUAAUACAUCUGCUAUCUUUGAGGCAGUCGUCUUGUGUGGUGCUGGGGAGGGAUCUCUCUCCUGUCGGUAUCCUCUUCUCUAGACGAGAGCCCUCAGCGGUGGGGACGCCCCUUUUCCCACCAGGUGUGGUGCCAGUCCCAGCACCUGUCUGACUAGGGGCUCACCUGGGCUGAGGCCCACACCUUGGAGCUUUUCACUCCCACAGGUCGUUUUUCCCAGUCGACGCUCGAGAGGGUGUCCAUAAUUUCCUCGCAUCCAGUGGUGUUCGGGUCCUGGUUCAGGGCCUCUGGAUCAUUGUGGGGCCAGCCCCCACUUCUUGGGUGAUGCCACCCAGCCUUGGCAACCUCCUCACUGCCCCCCCCACACGCUAUCACAGUCACUUUCUGAGAACAUGCACCACCACCUGUUUUGACACCUCAGACGGACGCAUCACUUCCUGCUUUGCCCAAGAGGUGGUGGUGGUUUUUUUUGACAUCACUUCCCCCUCCACCCACCCACCCACCCUGUGCCUUUACAAAGUGGUGCUAUAAUGGGAUCUAAUGGGACCAGCUGCUCACAUCCCGGUGGCAAAGGGUUGACGCUGCACCAAAUGCAUCUCCCCUUCCCCUCCACCCCACCCUCUGCCAUGCUAUGCAGGCACUGGGCAAGAAAUUGAUAGGGAGGUGAUGGGAGGUGGCAUUGAUUGGCAGGGGGGGCGGGUUCUCCAUAUUGCACUGAUUUUCUGGCAGGGGUGGGCUCCACAGUGGGCGUGGAGGUCUCCAGGGAUGAGCUAGACCCUGCGGUCUGUUUGGCUCAGAAAAUCCAGGACUUGUGCAUGGAAAAGGAUUUGAAGAUUUUAAGGUUGUAUGUUGUUUCUGAAGAGAAGGGAGGCUUAUGAUGGUUUUUGUUACCCUCCAGGCCUGCCAAGGAAGGAAGGAGAUAUAUAGUUGGGGGUUGGCAUUACAGCCUCCCCCCCACCCCCACCCUCAAAAUGACUUCAACCUCUCUCUGUGUGUUUGGGUCGGAGGGAUAAAUGAUUUCGCCCACCCUCUGCCAGAAGGUUGAAGGAAGAUGGGCCAGUAUCUUAACCCUGUAGAUGGAACAUGAUUGGCUGAGUCUGUCCAGAGCUGCUUAUUGGGAUUAGAUCCUGCUAAGACCUCGGAGGGGGGUCAAAAGUGCAGCUUGGUGUCAGAAGCGGAGGGAGCUGUUGAAUGUUCCACCUGCAUCCCUUGCAUUAAAGUUGAUUUUUGGAGAUUCGCAGCUGCCUGUUCAUUCCCCCCCCCAAACACACACACAUCCACACUUUAGUAUUUUAAAAGUUUAAUAACCCUGUGCUGCUCCAGUGCCAACAAGAUGGGCUGUCGUUGGCUACACAGCAAAGCCAGAAACUUCAACCUGGAUGAACCUGGAAAGGUGUAGUGCUUUCAGUGGGGAAGAUUACUUAACACAGAACACACCCCUGACCAUUCAUUGCAAGUGCUGCUUAGCCUGAGGCUCCACAAGACACAGCUCCGUAGAGUUGGCAUCUUGUCUGUCUUGGGGGACAGUAAAGGAGUGUGCCUUUGCAGCUCCUGCCAGGGCUGUAGAGACCGAUAUGGGAGAGACAUGUUUCAUUGCAGCCGGGGCAGAUGAAGGCGUCCGGUUCUGCUGCUGCAGAUGCACCAGGUAUUUCUUCUCUUCUGCGCUCCUCCCACCGGUCAUUCCUCCUCUGGUCACUGCUGUGGAUGCACGACCCGGAUGUCCGUCUCCAGGCACCGCGGUCGUCUGCAAGGGAUUCCCAUGUGGUGGGGUUUAUGUAGCCAGCCGUCCUAUCCCCCUAUGCAUCCAUGCCAACAAUUGAAUUCUGAGGACAAGGAAGCUUGCGUGUUAGGUAUCAGGGUGUUGACAGGUGCAAAUUAUGUUUGUGCAUAUUGCAAAUGCAGAAAACUCCCGGCUCCGUUUCAUUGAGGAUCGUAUGAUAUAAAUAACGAGUC